GUCAUAAAACGGCUCAACGAAUUUGUAGUAAAUUUUCAAUUCAUAAGACGUGCAGGCUUCAUGAACUAUCAGAAUUACAAAUUCAACAAAUUUCUUUGGAAUUAUCCAAUAUGAAAAUAGAAACCGAUUUAAAAAGAGAAGUAAUAAAUAAUAUUAUGCAUCAUAGAUCAAUCGGUACUUACAAAGGUAAAAGGCACGUAAUGGGAUAUCCUGUUAGAGGCCAACGUACAAAGACAAAUGCUAGAACUGCUAGAAAAUUAAAUGGAAGAUGGAUAAAAAAAGAGGGGUUCAGUACCCUUGCCAACUCAUCAAACGGUGUGCAACUUUCAAAUCCUACUUUUAUAAGCCUGCCUUUUUUUGCCCAAUCCAGACUUUUUGAACGAUUAUUUCCACGCUGA